CACGGAACGCUCUUCUUCAAGACGAACACCCGGCGCAGGAGGGCUCGAAACCUUUUUUUUCUCCCGGGCUUCCGGAGGUCUGGGCACUCCGCGCCCGCCCGCCCCCCCGCGCCACCCGCAUGGCCCGCAGCGCCGCCCGCCGCCUCGCGGCCCUCGGCGCCGCCGCGCUCCUGGCGCUGCAGCUGGCGCCCGCCUUCGUGCCGGCGCCGCGGGGCUCGCCCGCGCGCGACGGCGCGAUUGCGGCCGGGGUCGUCGCCGCGGGCUACCUGAGCGCGGUGCCAGCCUGGGCUCGCAUCCCCGGCGGCAAGUUCGAGAAGGCCAAGGACAUCACGAUGCCAGCGCCCCCCGAAGACGGGCUGACCGACGCCCAGGUCGCUCUCUCCCUGUUCGUGGCGCUCCUCCUGAUGUUCGCCAACAUCAAGGUCUCCCAGGCGCUCUGGGAGGGGCCCCGCGUGGACCGCUUCCGGGACGGCCAGACCAAGGGCUACAUCACCCCGCUGGUGCGGCGCCUCGACAGGUUCGGGUUCUGAGCCCCUCUUCGCGGCGGCCGCCUCCUCCGCCCCCGAGUGUGCGCUCCUCCCCGCCGGCAGCCGCGCUCCGCCUCUGCCGGACGUGUUUUUGAGCCCCCCGCCCUCUGCGCGCGGGCGGGGCGCGAGGGCCUCCUCUCCCUCCUCGUCCUCCGCCGCCUGCGUCCUCCGCCGUCCGCCGUCCGUCGUCCGCCCUCCGCCUCCUGCUCCUCCUACUCCUCCUCCUCCGCUCCUCCUCCUCCUC